AUGGCAUCAAUUGCGCGGAUACCGGAGAUCCCGUUGGCUUCGAUGCUGCAGGAAAAGAUUGCGGCAGUAACGAUUGUGUUGGAACUGCUACACACCGGGAACGGGCUGAAUCCGGGAUGGGUCAAAGAUGCACCCACGGUUAACCCGGCGACGGAAGAGAGAAACGUCGGCGUAUUGCCAACAAUACCAGUACCAAUAAUACCAGUACCAAUAACAGUAAUACCAUUAAUACCAAUUCCAAUAAUACCAAUACCAAUCGUACCAAUACCAAUAGUAGCAAUACCAAUAGUACCAAUUCCAAUAGUACCAAUUCCAAUAAUACCAACACCAAUAAUAUCAAUACCAAUAGUACCAAUACCAAUAGUACCAAUUCCAAUAGUACCAAUUCCAAUAAUACCAACACCAAUAAUAUCAAUACCAAUAGUACCAAUACCAAUAGUACCAAUUCCAAUAGUACCAAUUCCAAUAAUACCAACACCAAUAAUAUCAAUACCAAUAGUACCAAUACCAAUAGUACCAAUUCCAAUAGUACCAAUUCCAAUAAUACCAACACCAAUAAUAUCAAUACCAAUAGUACCAAUACCAAUAGUACCAAUUCCAAUAGUACCAAUUCCAAUAAUACCAACACCAAUAAUAUCAAUACCAAUAGUACCAAUACCAAUAGUACCAAUUCCAAUAGUACCAAUUCCAAUAAUACCAACACCAAUAAUAUCAAUACCAAUAGUACCAAUACCAAUAGUACCAAUUCCAAUAGUACCAAUUCCAAUAAUACCAACACCAAUAAUAUCAAUACCAAUAGUACCAAUACCAAUAGUACCAAUACCAAUAGUACCAAUACCAAUAGUACCAAUACCAAUAGUACCAAUACCAAUAGUACCAAUACCAAUAGUACCAAUACCAAUAGUACCAAUACCAAUAGUACCAAUACCAAUAGUACCAAUACCAAUAGUACCAAUACCAAUAGUACCAAUACCAAUAGUACCAAUACCAAUAGUACCAAUACCAAUAGUACCAAUACCAAUAGUACCAAUACCAAUAGUACCAAUACCAAUAGUACCAAUACCAAUAGUACCAAUACCAAUAGUACCAAUACCAAUAGUACCAAUACCAAUAGUACCAAUACCAAUAGUACCAAUACCAAUAGUACCAAUACCAAUAGUACCAAUACCAAUAGUACCAAUACCAAUAGUACCAAUACCAAUAGUACCAAUACCAAUAGUACCAAUACCAAUAGUACCAAUACCAAUAGUACCAAUACCAAUAGUACCAAUACCAAUAGUACCAAUACCAAUAGUACCAAUACCAAUAGUACCAAUACCAAUAGUACCAAUACCAAUAGUACCAAUACCAAUAGUACCAAUACCAAUAGUACCAAUACCAAUAGUACCAAUACCAAUAGUACCAAUACCAAUAAUAUCAAUACCAAUACCAAUACUAUCAAUACCAGAAUAA